UGAAUUUAUCCAAAUGUAGUCGUCACUUUUAUUAGGAAACACUAACGACUAGUUGACUUCUUGAUGAUGCCGUCGCAUGUCGAUGACUAUUAACCGAACACGUUUGAGCAAAUGGGGGAAUAAAUUAUGUUGCACAGUCAGUUAAUGUAACUGUUAUCACCGUGAUGUGGGGUUUCAUAAGUUUUAGUCUUUAAAACUAGAACGCAGCGUCUAGUGUAACUACUUCGCUCAAGGGCAAACUAACUGUAGGCUAUCACGCGUUUACACCAUAAACUGUGGUUUACACACCCACUCGCUCUGCUCACUCCGCCCAGGAACCGUCAGUUUAUAGAAGGAAGCGCUGAGACAUCAGAGAGAAGAGAAGGAUCGCUUGUGUGACAGCAGAUCAGAAGAGAACAUGGCAGAGGGAAAAGGUGCCAACAUUGGGGGCAACAUUGGCACGGGAGCAGGCAUCCUGGCCAAACGCUUUCAGAAAUCAAUGAACCGAGCACAAGAGAAGGUCCUGCAGAAACUGGGGAAAACCAUGGAGACAAAAGAUGAGCAGUUUGAGGAGUGCUCUGCCAACUUGAACAAACAGCAGGGAGAUGGCAUCCGACUCUAUAAGGAUGUUAAAGCUUACCACAAUGCUGUUAAAGUGAUGCAUGAAUCAUCCAAGCGCCUGUCCCAGACUCUUAAAGAUAUCUAUGAACCAGACUGGCACGGUGUAGAAGAUCUGACUGUCAUAAUGGAGAGUGAGGAUCUCCUGUGGAAUGACUACGAGGAGAAGCUGAGCGAUCAAGUUGUUCGAACAAUGGAGAAUUAUACCGGACAGUUUAAUGAUGUCAAAGAAAGAGUGGCUAAACGAGGAAGGAAGCUGGUUGACUAUGAUUCAGCUCGACAUCAUCUGGAGGCGCAACAGAACUCCAAAAAGAGAGAUGAGGCCAAAAUAUCUAAAGCUGAGGAGGAGUUCAAUAAAGCGCAGGAGGUAUUUGAAGACAUUAACAAAGAGUUGAGAGAGGAGCUGCCUGUUCUUUAUCAGAGCCGUAUCAGCUGCUAUGUCACCAUGUUCCAGAACAUCUCAAACCUACGCGAUGUCUUCUACAAAGAAAUGAGUAUGUUGAAUCAUAACAUUUAUAAUAUGAUGAAGAAGCUUGAGGAUCAGCACUCCACCAAACCCUUCAUCAUCAAAGGCCUUGACAGCUCUAAAUCAAAGAAGAGAAAGUCUGUUACGAUCUCUGCACCCAUCCCCUGUAACACCGCCUUCCCUCCUGAUCAUCCUGCCAUGAGCAAGCUCAGCAUGCCCAGCAUUCCCAGCACCCUCACGCACACGGACACAUGCUCAGACACUCCCUCAAAGAGCACAGGAAGCACAGCGUCUGAAAUAUCAGACUUUGAGUCAAACUCUUUUGACAGUGAACCCAACACACCCAAGCGGCAGUCUUUGUGUUCUGAGGGUGACGGGGUUCGGUCUGAGGGAGCCACUGAAAACACAUCAGAAACUACCAAGGAUGAGUCUGUGCAUGCUAACGGCCUGGUACGUCAAGAUUCAGUGUCCACUGAGCACGGAGAAGAGGAGGAAACUAAAUCAGCAGCAUCGUCAGAAGAAACCCACCAAACAUCUACAGAUGGAGACAAUGAGGGAAAGUCCUUAUCAGACACCACAGACAAAACUGCACCUGUUCCAAACCCUCGAAGAUCUAGCACCUCCAAGAAAAAUGAAGGAGAGACUGAUCAAAAUACCACGGGAUGCAGCGAAGAUGUGAAAGUCCAAAAGACAGAGAAUGAAAAUCCUCCUGGUUUCCUCUAUAAGGCUGUUGCUCUGCAGAGUCAGGACUCCGAUGAAGGUGUGCUCCUGCAGUUUGAAAAGGGAGAUGUGAUCCUUAUAUACAUCGAUGAAGAAGAAGAAAAGCCGAAGGACUCUGUAUGGGGCGUGAGAGAGCAGGACUGGAUCCAGUACAAGGAUCUAACACUUCUCUCUGGUAUUGUUGAGGAGGCCUUGAUCCAGUGCAUCACCUCUGAUUAAGACAUGUCAUGAAGUGGGAGACACAGGAUGGCAUGUGAACUAGAGGUCCCUUACGUGCCUGUCUGAGUGCCCUUGUGACUGGAUUUUGUAAUAUGCACUCUCUGUCUGCCCUUUUCUCUAGACAUGAAGGACAUUCUGACUUUUUUAGUAUACAAUGUCUUUACAAUUUCCUGAUGCAGCCUCAAGACUCCUGACAGCUGUACAGUCUUAGUUCUGUGUUCAGAUUUUCUGUGUCAUUCUGGCUUUUAUAGAUCUUAAUAUUGAUCACUAGAUUUAUACAUGGUUCAUAGUUCUGCAGUUGUAUCCUAAAUUUCCUUCACAUGAAUGUAGCCACAUAUUGUGUAUCGGGAAAAAAUAGUGUUUAUUUUGCAAAAAUAUUUCAAAAACAUUGACUAAGCAAUGAGUAUUAAAACACUUUUUAGUGUGGCUGUUCCAAUCGUCUCUUCUCUAUGCGUGUCAGCCAGUGUUGAUGUCUGUGUUUCUCACAUAUCUCAGUGUUAAAGAUUGACUACCAAGGUUUUCACAAUGUUUACAGAACCAAAAAAAGUGUUGAGUAUUACUGUGAAACCGUUUUUUUAAAUGUACAGAGAAAAUCUAUUGUUUUUCUACAAUAAAGUUGACAGCUGAAAAAAAAA